GUCAGGAAGGUCGGUGACGUCACGCAUUUCCCCUGUUUUGUUGUUUGCUGCCCGGAUUUUGGGUCAACAGUCUGGAGUUUAAACCGAAAAGUCACCAUGCGAUCGAACCCCAACCGCCUUUAUACACUAUAACUGUGUCUGAUGUGGACAAUAAAGCAUGGAGGUGGUGGACAGUCCUGUAAAUCUCGCCCAUCAGCAGUGCAGGAAGGCAGACCGCUUGCUUGCUGCUGGGAAAUAUGAAGAGGCAAUAUCUUGUCACAGAAGAGCUGCAGACCUGCUGAAGGAGGCCAUGAAGCUUACGGAGUGUGAACAGGCUCGCCUGUCUUUAGAGUUGCAGAGAGACAGCCACAUAAAGCAGCAGAGGUUGAUCGAGGAGCGGUGGAAGCGAGCAAGACGAGAAAACAAGCCUUGUGUCCUUCAGGUGCUCCCUUCCUCAUCCUCAGUGUCAGUGCCUCACGCUCAGCUUAGCUCCUCCUCCUGCCCCGAACGUGAGUACGACACCUGGCUGUACCUCCUGAGAAACAGAGGUUCCUCUGGCACCGUGGCCGAGCCAACCUCAGGCACCAAGGCCCGCAAAGAUGACAAGACACGCCUGGAGGAGCAGCGCACCACCAUAGAGGACCUGCGGCAGCUGCUGGAGCGACUGUUAGCAGAGAACGAGCGCCUGACUCGGGAAAACAAGCGGCUACUCCAGGAGAACGUGCGCCUGCGCAGGGAGAGUGAUGCAGAUGCCCAUCUAGUAGAGAGCUCAGAGUUGUGGUUACUGCCUUCAGCACCUGACCAGCGCAAUCCUGCAGGUAUCACCAUCCCACACCUGCCCCCACUCGAGAUGCCCCCUCACGAGAUUCCGCUGGAGGAGCUGCUGGAUGCUGAAGACAUCCAGCAUGAGCUGCAGAAGCUGCUGGAUGGAGAGAAACUGUGAGCAAACAUGCGCUCACCAAAGGGAAAAAAAACCUAUGGGAUCUGCAUCAGCGUGGUCACGCCACUCAGGUUUCUGUCUGUGGUCUUGGUGGCAUGAAUGGCUUGUUUUUAUGCAUCAGAUGCAAUUUUUUUUAUUUCUCCGUCUCUAAUGAUCCUAGGUACUGCAGCUUUUUGAUACAAAAAAGGAUUUUUGCAGGUCUUGUGCCUUUUUUGAGUAUUUCCAUUGUGUGAUUAAGUCUAAGGAGAAAAAAAUAUCUCAGUGGAAGCCAUGAUCAUCUGAGAGCGCAUGACUGAGAUGUUUUGGGAAAAUAUCAAAGCCUGCUCUUUAUCAGGAGGAGACCCAGGAGUCUCCAAGAACCCACUAUAUCCCAGACACAGACAGCAAGCACUGUGACCUGUGAACUGUGUGUGUGUGUGUGUGUGUGUGUGUGUGUGUGUGUGUGUGUGUGUGUGUGUGUGUGUGUGUGUGUGUGUGUGUGUGUGUGUGUGUAUAUGUGUGUGUGUGUGUGUGUGU